UCUCACGACCUAAGAAAAGCAUAAGCAAACUGCCAAGAAGUAUCAAAACGCCUACAAUGUGGAAUGCGACCAAAGGCAUCAUGAAGUCAUAUGGCGAUCAUCCAGGCACGCCAAGACCUGGAUGCAGUAACGCCGCAAUGCCAGAACCGACAUUUCGUCGAGAGAUACAAAUUGAACCAAAUAGGUUGAAUAAGAGCAACAUCCCCAGACGUACUUGGAGCCCGAAAGGAAAGGAGAAAGAGAAACCUAAUAACAUUGCCAGCGCCGACCACGUUGGGAGAGGUCCCAAAUGUCAGCGGGUACAAAUGGUUAACGUUAGACCAGACUGGUUUGUUCAAUCCGUGAACGAUUACAUCAACGUUCCUCCAAAUUCGUUUAUGUCUACGUACAGAGUGGAAGAGCGAAGACACGGCACCGAAGACGCGGACACGGCCCGUGACGUCGUGGACACAGGAUGGUGGAAGUGA